CCGUGGACUACCUCUCCAGUCCAGUCCCUGGAUAGAGGUGUAUUUUUAAAAAAAAAUAAUUCGUUUGUUUACUCGCUUCCGCCGAUUUGAAACGUUCUAGCAUGCGUCCGUAACUAUGUUGGCGUAUCGGUCCAAAGGUGGCUCAGACGAACCAGUUCUCAGUGAUGCCUUAGCGUCGCGUUGCGUGCGACAGAGCAAGCAAACCUAUCGCAAAGUUUCCCUAUUGUACAGUAAGAUGAGUGCGCUUGGACUUUAGGACAGUCCAGCACGUCAGGACGUUUGAGUCUGUCCUCUUGACAACACUAACUUACUUCGUCGGCGUCUUGAGUUUAGCUUUGUUUGGGGCUCAGUGAGACACGGAGGACUUUUCGUCGUGUCCGUGGACAGGUUUCGUGGAUUUACGUGGUGUCCAAGGAAACGGAAGAUUAGAAGCUGAUGCUGUUGAGGUGAUUCCUGAACGUUCCAAGUCCAUCUCUCUUCCUCAGCUCCGUCUCUACAUGUGCCCAGGGCAGCACGGAUAUAGCAGAGGGCCGCUGUGUUGACGGACUUGGUGACAUCAGGAACUCCUGCCUUGGUUCCCUCCAUUGUGUCUGAUGGAUCUCAGGCUUGCCUCAUUGAUACUCGGGACACUGCUGAUUCUCGUGACCUCUGGGCCACGGCCAUCCAUUGGACAGAAAGUUUACACCAACACAUGGGCCGUCCACAUCACAGGGGGAGAGCAGGAAGCUAACAGGAUCGCUAGAAAACAUGGCUUUGUAAACCACGGGAAGGUAUUUGGAGAUUAUUAUCACUUCAGGCACCGCAGGGUGGUGAAGAGGUCUUUAUCAGAGCACAGAGGAACACACAUUCAUCUGCACACAGAACCUCAGGUAAUGUGGGCGGAACAGCAGGUGGUGAAACAAAGAAAGAAGAGGGAUAUUUACUAUGAGCCGGCUGAUCCGAAGUUUGCACAGCAGUGGUACUUGUACAAUGAAGAUCGUCGUGAUCUCAUCGUGAAGGAAGCCUGGAAGCAGGGUUUCACUGGACAAGGCGUCGUCGUGUCCAUAUUGGAUGAUGGAAUUGAAAAAAACCACCCAGAUCUGAUUCAGAACUAUGAUCCAGAUGCUAGCUAUGAUGUCAAUGAUGGCGACCCAGAUCCUCAACCUCGAUACACCCAACUCAAUGAUAACAGACAUGGGACACGUUGUGCUGGAGAGGUUGCUGCUGUUGCCAACAAUGGCAUCUGUGGUGUCGGAGUGGCCUAUAAUGCAAAGAUCGGAGGUGUGCGCAUGUUGGAUGGAGAGGUCACUGAUGUGGUGGAAGCUCAGUCCCUCAGUCUCAACCCACAGCACAUCGACAUCUACAGCGCCAGCUGGGGACCCGAAGACGACGGCAAAACGGUGGACGGACCUGCAAAGCUGGCCAAAGAGGCUUUCCUACGCGGCGUAAUGGAGGGCCGCGGAGGACGGGGCUCCAUCUUUGUGUGGGCUUCGGGGAAUGGCGGCCGAGAGAAGGACAGCUGCAACUGCGACGGCUACACCAAUAGCAUCUACACGCUGUCGAUCAGCAGCAGCACGCAGAACGGCAACGUGCCCUGGUACAGCGAGGCCUGUUCGUCCACCCUCGCCACAACCUACAGCAGUGGAGGCCUCAAUGAGAAACAGAUUGUCACUACAGACCUCAGGCAGAAGUGCACAGACUCCCACACAGGCACUUCUGCCUCGGCCCCUCUGGCGGCAGGAAUAAUCGCCCUCGCCCUUGAGGCCAAUAAAAACUUGACCUGGAGAGACAUGCAGCAUCUGGUUGUGAGGACGUCCAACCCUGCCCACCUCACCACCAAUGACUGGAAGACAAAUGGAGUGGGUCGCAGAGUCAGCCAUUCUUAUGGAUAUGGUCUGCUGGAUGCUGGGGCCAUAGUGACUCUGGCAAAGAACUGGACGAAUGUUGGACCUCAGCGGAAAUGUGUCCUUUCCCUAGUGUCUGAGCCCAAGAACAUUGGGAGUCAUUUGGUGAUCAACAAGAGUGUGGAUGCAUGUGCUGGGACGGACACCUUUGUGAGCUCAUUAGAACAUGCUCAAGCCCAGCUCACCCUGUCCUACAACCGCAGAGGAAAUCUGGCCAUCUACCUGAUCAGCCCACAGGGCACCCGCUCCACACUGCUUGCACCCAGACCUCAUGAUUACUCCUCUGAUGGCUUCAAUGACUGGGCUUUCAUGACCACCCACUCCUGGGACGAGGACCCUCGUGGAGAAUGGACGUUGGAGAUCGAGAACGUGGCUGGGAUCAGUGACUAUGGCACUCUGACUCAGUUCACGCUGGUUCUCUAUGGCACAGCUUCUAGUUUAUCCGGCCCUUCAGCAGCAGACUCCAGCAGCUGCAAAACAUACGACCUCAAUCAGAUCUGCACAGAGUGCAACCCCGGCUUCUACUUGUACCAGACAGGCUGCGUGAGAGACUGUCCAGGAGGUUUCACCGCAGGCACCCGUUCCACCUUCCUCCCCAACAACGAGGUGAUGUCCGUCCUCCGUCCCGCCUGCCUGCCCUGUCACCCCGUCUGCCUCACCUGCAGCAGCACGGGCCCUCAGAACUGCCUCUCCUGCCCACCUAACAGGCACCUGGACGCCGUCACUGGCACCUGUCUGCACCCGAACCAGAUCCAUCGGGAGUCUCCAGACGGCAGACUGUUUCAGAUGCAAGGUGGUGGCUCGUCCGUCAAACUCCAUGCAGAGCUCACCUCUCGCCUGCCUGUGACCGUGGCCGUGCUCAGCUGUGCCUUCAUCGUGGCUACGUUUGUGGCCGUGUUCAGCAUCCUGCAGAUGCACACGCGCAUGCAGAACAAACUGCUCUCUGCUGAAGCAGGGCCGGGAUCCGGCUCACUGGUCGGGUUCGGUUUCAACCGCACUGCAGUUGCCUACAAGGGCAUCCCGAGCGUUUGGCGGGGGGACGAAGGCAAUUCUGAGUCUGAAAACGAGGAAUUCGAGGUCCGCAACGAGAGGACUGCCUUCAUCAAAACACAAAGUGCUCUUUAACCCCUUCUUACCCAUGUUCCUCCCCUCUCUAGCCUCUACUGCACUGUUGUCUCUUUUUUAGUGUGAUUUCCUUCUGGGGUUCGUCUGAGCAUAUCUCACUUCUGGGGGUUUUGGUUUGUUUUUGGCACCUGUCGUAGUUAUAUGAGCCAUGAUUCACCUGGGCGUUGACCUCUCGGUGCCUCAACAUGGAAAGCUUCCAAUCACAAGUGACAGUGACGAGUCGAUUGUCGCAGGGCCGUCCUGAAUUUACAAUAAACAUGAUUAUUUUUUGGUCUCUUCCUCUUGCCUAGUGAGAUUUUAAGAAAAAACAAGAUUUAUUUGCAUAUGAGAAAAACAGAGCUUUUCUUUGAGUGGAUGAGUAAGUGUGUGAGUGUAAACUACGUUUAUAUGAAGUCAGUCAGUGCUGCAGUGGGUCGGACCCACUGGCUUUGCACUGGGAGCCUUUUAGAAGAACAUAUCACUAUUUCUACAUGGUCAGAGAUGGAGAGCAGAGCAGUGUGUUGCGUGUUACACGCAUUUGAAGAGCUUACUGCUCCCCCUAGAGCAUCUACAUUGCUGAAUUUAUGAUUAUUUUAUGUACAGUAGGCUGUUUAAAGGAAUAGUUCUCCAAAAGAUGAAACCUGUCAUCAUUUGCUCACCCUCAUGUCAUUGCAAACCUGCAUGAUUUUCUUAGGUGGAAAAUAUUUAGCAGAAAGUCCAAAUGCCUCAAUAUCUCUGUGUGUGUGUGUCAUAAUUUGUUCAUCAAAAUGUCAAAAUCAUGGCAUCAAACCUAGUGUGAUUCAUUAUUUUGUAAUUGUUACAUUUAAUUGUUUAGUCUAAUGACAAAUAUUCAGCUUCUAUUUCCACUCUAUUGUAAUUUUUAAUAUAUAAUU